CUCCCCAGCAUGGACAGCUCCUCUCUGAAAGCAUCGAUGACCCAGUUUGAUCGUUACCUGUCUUCUCCUGAUACCAUGGUGAUGUCUCAACUCAACUUCCUCCUCAGUGCUGCCAUCAAAGAUCAGAUCUUCAACCAGUCGACAGAGCUGGUGUGCAGGGCGUAUGGAGAGGUGUACACAGCCGUGACCAGCCCAGCCAACAGCUACAAGGAACUAGACAACCUGGUGCCACGGUCUCCUCAGCAGGUCCAGGCUCUGCUGUCCUGACACACCUGGUCUCACCUGGGCUCUACGUGUCUCUCUGGACCCACCUGAAGCCUACUCACACAGUGGUGAAGGAAGAUAGGCCAAUGGCUUUGUGAAGUUGACCGUUAUAUGAAAUGAUUGUGUGUUCUGUUAUAACCUGGUAUAUGUAAAUAUAACUGGGAAUAAAUUAGGAUUGAACAGGAACUCGUUGGUCUAUUUUCUAAUUACAAAGAGUCAACAACAAUGGACUUGCUUUGGAGAGUGACACAAACCAGCUGAAACUAGAGCAGACAGGGAGGUGUGUUUUGGACUCUUGGUCUACUGAGUGUUUCGUCCUCUCGUUCCCGUAUCUCGGCAUGAAUCACAGUGUCUGCCAGGAGAGAGAACAGCUCGCACUCUGAAAAAAAAAAAAAAAAAAAAACAUUUACGGCCCUGCUCCACGUGAAUGGAGAUUCCCACCAGCUCAGAGAAACUCUUACUUCUCUCUCUCAAUUCAAUUCAAGGGCUUUAUUGGCAUGGGUAACAUGUGUUAACAUUGCCAAAGCAAGUAAGGUAGAUAAUAUAUAAAGUGAAAUAAACAAUAAAAAUUAACAGCAGACAUCACACAUACAGAAGUUUCAAAACAAUAAAGACAUUACAAAUGUCAUAUUAUAUAUAUAUAUAUACAGUGUUUUUACAAUGUACAAAUGGUAAAGGACACAAGAUAAAAUAAUCUCUCUCUCUCUCUGUCUUCUAUCUCCCUCUUUCUUUUUCUCUCUCUCUUCGCUUCGGUCUCUAAUCAGAAACAGAUCAGUCUUCUCAUUAAAACUUUUUUUUUCUGUAAUAAAAUACACUUCAGAUGCUUG